AAAAGAACCGUCUCUGCUUACGUCUGUCAGUCCUGCGGCCAUAGUGCCGCGCGCUGGUUUGGGCGCUGUGCGGCCUGCGGCGAGUGGAACACCUGCGUCGAAGAGCGGCCCCAAGCACCCGACAGUCGGCGCGAACAUCUAACGGUAUCACCCCGCGCCCAAUUGCAGCCCAUCACUCAAGUCGAUGACCAAGACCACGAGCGGCUGCAAAUCGGCAUCUCCGAGUUCGACCGGGUCUUAGGUGGCGGCAUCAUGCCCGGUUCGGUCGUCUUAGUCGGCGGCGAUCCAGGCAUCGGCAAAUCGACGCUUCUGUUGCAGAUGGCCGGACAGCUAGCGGCUUCUGAUUUUCGCAUCGCGUACAUUUCCGCCGAGGAAUCGCCCGCGCAGAUCCGCCUGCGCGCCGGGCGCUUGGGAGCGUUGUGCGAAAGCCUGCACGUGAUGGCCGAGACCAGUCUCGCGGCCAUUCUCGACCAGUUGCGAUCCGCUAGCCCGCUGGCUGUCGUCAUCGACUCGAUCCAGACCAUUUACAUGCCCGAGUUGGAGAGCGCGCCCGGCAGCGUGACCCAAGUGCGCGAGUGCGCUGCGCGGCUCGUUUAUUUGGCCAAAGAGAGCGGCAUUCCCACGUUUUUGGUGGGACACGUGACGAAAGAGGGCACGGUCGCCGGGCCACGGGUGCUGGAGCACUUGGUCGAUACCGUGCUCUAUUUAGAGGGCGAGCGGCACCACCACUUCCGCAUCCUUCGCGCCGCCAAAAAUCGCUUUGGUUCAACCAACGAGAUCGGCAUUUUUGAGAUGCGGGACCAAGGGCUCAUCGAGGUCUCCAAUCCCUCCAAGCUUCUGCUGGCCGAGCGCGCCGAAGGCGUGUCGGGUUCGGCCAUCGUCUGUAGCAUGGAGGGCACGCGGCCGCUCUUGAUCGAAAUUCAGGCCCUCGUCUCGCGCUCUAGUUUUGGCUAUCCGCAGCGGGUCGCGACCGGCAUAGACGCCAAGCGGCUCUCGAUUAUUAUCGCGGUGCUCGAAAAGCGCUGCGGCCACGACCUGUCGAGCGAGGACAUUUUCGUCAAUGUCGUAGGGGGCAUCCGCCUCGACGAGCCAGCGGUGGAUAUGGGGGUGGGGCUGGCGAUUAUCUCGAGCUUCCGCAACAAGCCCAUUGACGCGAAGACCGUGGCCAUUGGCGAGGUCGGGUUGGGGGGGGAGAUCCGGCCGGUGAACCAGAUUGACCGGCGGGUGGCCGAGGCGCGGAGUUUGGGGUUUGAGCAGUGUUUGGUGGCGCGGAGCAACUUGCAGGGGUGGAAGCGACCGGAGGGGAUGGAGGUGGUUGGGGUAGGGGGAAUGGAGGCGGUCGAAGCGCUCGCAUUUGGCUCAAGCUAG